GGCGUCAUACCGUGACCUCUAUAGUACAUGCGCAGUUAUGGGAAUUCCACAUUGAGCAAUGCCAAUAGUGAAUCAACAUUCACAAAAGCAAGAAGGAUCGGAUUUUUGUCGCACGAAUUUAGUGUUGCAAUAUUCACAGUAAAAGAUGAAUGCUGUGGUGAUCAUUGAGAAUAUAUUAUAUGCUGUAUUUACCAUUACAGGAUUAGUACUAUCUCCACUUACAGAAUUAAUAUUUCGAUUCAUUUAUGGUAAGGGAGAAAAGAUUUGUCCUAUUAAAGAUGAAUUGUUAUUGGAAAGUGCCACAAGUUUAGCCAAUAAGAUAAGAACAAGAAAGGUAACUGCUGAACAUGUUAUGCAAGUUUUUAUUGAAAGAGUGAAAGAAGUGAAUCCCAAAGUAAAUGCUGUGGUAGCCAAUAGAUAUGAAGAGGCCUUAAAAGAUGCAAAACAAGUUGACAGCUUGUUAGAUAAUUCCAGUAUUCCAGAAGAAUUUUCACAAGAAAAAUGUCCAUUUCUUGGUGUUCCAUUGUCAGUUAAAGAAGCAUUUGCUACAAAAGACAUGCCUCAUACAUCAGGUCUCAUUAGUAGACAAUAUCGUAUUGCUGACCAUGAUUCACCUUGUGUAGCUAAUCUAAGGAAAGCAGGUUUUAUACCUUUCGUUAGCACCAAUAUUAGUGAAUUAUGUAUGUGGUAUGAAUCUGCUAAUCAUGUUUAUGGUAGAACUAAAAAUGCCUACAAUACGAGCAGAAUAGUUGGUGGCAGUUCAGGAGGUGAAGGAUGUAUAUUAUCAACAGGGGGAUCAGUGGCAGGUGUAGGAUCUGAUAUAGGUGGCAGUAUUAGAAUGCCUGCUUUUUUUAAUGGUGUAUAUGGCCAUAGACCAUCCAAAGGAAUAGUUUGUAAUGAUGGACAAUAUCCACCAGCAACAAAAGGUCAGAUUGAGCUUCUGUCAACUGGUCCCAUGUGUAGAUAUUCUGAAGAUUUAAUACCGUUAUUAAAAACAAUGGCAGGAAAAAAUGCUGAUAAACUUAAGCUUGAUCAAAAGGUUGAUUUAAAAAAAUUACGUAUAUUUACAAUGGAAGAUGACGGAGGAAGUCUGUUAAUCAGUAAAGUAGAUCCAGAACUAAAAGAAGCUCAAAGAAAGGCUGUUAGAUACCUAGAAAAUAUAGUAGGAGUGAAAGUAACACCAGUAAAGAUACAUAGAAUGAAAUAUGGAUUUGAUAUGUGGUGUGCAAAAAUAGCAUUAGCUGGUGGCACAAGCUUUUCGGAAUUCAUGGGAAAUGAAGAAUAUUCAGUCAAUGGUUACCUAGAAGCGGUGAAGUGGAUAUUUGGACAGUCACAACAUACAUUACCAGCCAUCUUGCUUUCAAUGAUUGAAAAACCUUCUUUCUUAAUGGAAAAGAAUAAUAAUAGACUAGUUGGAAUGUUAAAAAAACUAGAAGAAGAUGUCCAAACCCUGUUAGGUGAUGAUGGUAUUUUAUUAUACCCAACACAUCCUAGAAUAGCUCCAUAUCAUAAUCAACCUUUAUUUAUGCCUUUCAACUUUGCCUACACAGCCGUAUUUAAUGCCCUAGCACUUCCAGUUACCCAGACUCCAAUGGGACUCAGUACGGACGGACUGCCAAUGGGAAUACAAAUAGUAGGUAGUGCCAAUAUGGACCGUCAGACUAUAGCUGUAGCUAAGGAGUUAGAAAGUGGGGCAAUUGCUGGGUGGGUUCCGCCCUCACUUCAAAUAAGUUCAUCUUAGGAUUCACAUUCAUAGCCAUUAUAUAUUAGUUACAAAUUUUUGUUUGCCAUUUUUAUAUGCCAACAUUUAAUGUGGGCAUGUAUUGUCAAUCCCUGCAUCCAUGAUUAGUUUUAUGUGUCCAAGUUUUCUUGUGAAUAUUCUACACAAUACAGUUGUCACAGUGGUUGUUCAUUUAAUCCUAAGGAAAAACUCUUAUUAAAGUUCAAGAGUUAAAUCCUCAUUUACAUUCAAACAUGAAAGCUUUCAAACUUCAUAUAGGAUAAAGUUAUUGAUAGAAUGUUUUAAAAUUCAGUGGUAUUGUUCACUAAGGUAUGGGGAGGAAUCCUAUUGAAUUUUGGAGGGUUGGAUGGCCGAAUGAUUUGCACCUGCGCGCUCUAUCAUAAGGUCUGUCAUUGGGUCAACUAGCGUGGUUUCGAUUCCCCGGCUGUACAUUACAAGGAGUAGGAUCGCCUGUUCAACAUCAUGGGUUUACUCAGGGUCCUCCAGUUUCCGUCCAAUCUGAUUAAAAUACAGAUCUAUAUUUCAUUUUUUUAUACUUUCGAUGGCCUACACUACAUGAAGAUCUGACAAGUUGUACUCGAAGGUCGUCUCAUGGGUCGUAUGAGCAGCUUUUGACCCUACGGUGUCAGACACAGUAAUCAAACAGCGUUGGCGUUUCUAGUGGUUUACCCACAGUUCUGUGAAUGGCACGCCAAGAAGUUGCCGUAACAGACCGUUUUAUUGGCUUACCCCUCACUUCAACCAAAACGCCGGUAAUAUAACAAAUCUUCCAGAUCCUAGUGUAGUAAAGACAAGUACAACGAAAUUUUGAACUAUAAAAAAUGAAACGAAACAGGAUCUGUGUUUUAAUCAGAUUGGUUUCCUUCCACUGCUAAAGACCCCUAUGCGCUAGUUCUUUUUGGAACUGUCUUUAAGCGGACGAUGUCCACUGACAGGGGACAUUGUCCGCUCAAAGACAGUUCCUAAAGGAACUACCCAUGCGCAGGCGAAUUAUUGAAAUAAAAUUGUACCAUAUGUUAGUCUCGAAAUGACCUAGUUUGUGUUGAGUGGGCGUUAAACCCCAUUUCUCUCUCUCUCUGCCUUUAGAAUUUCUAAAUUUUAGAUUUCAAACAUGGUUUGCCAAUUCAUAUUUUGAAUUUUAAUCUUUAUAAAAGCGAUACAGGGCAGAGUUCCAUAUGGAUGAAUCCUUUCAAAAUUAGGAGUUUUUUAUAUCGCAAAUCACCAAGUUUAUUUUGAAAUCAAGAGUGCCCAUUGUGACUUAAGAUAAAAUUUUAUAAUCGUAAAUUUCAAAUGUAUGCAUUUUACAUUCCCAUUUUGAACUAUAUUCAAAACUUUAGGGUUGGUUCUUGCAUUUAUUUUUCUGUUGAUAUAUUUGCUUUUAAAGCUUAGUACAGAGUUUAUUAUUAUUAUAAUUUUUUUUUUUUAUAAACUUGGCGGCAUGUGAUUUGUCGACAAUGAUUUUAGAUUUAGCUUGAAUGACAAGCUCCUUUCUAUAUCUAUUUAACAGUAUUAAUAUACAAAUCAAAUUAGUGAUAACAUACAUGUUUUGUCAUGUGAAGAACAAUUGUAUCAUCCUUUUUAAAGGCAUGCUACAUACAAUAUUUAUGUUGUCUUCCCAUGUAAUGAGAAGAAUCUCAACUUGUUCUGUCUGUAUAUUUCCGUUCUACGCAAAUUUAUUGUUUAAAUUUCAUUAAGUCUCUGAAGGACACCAAUAUUUAGAGAUGUUGUCAUUACAUGCAUACAUUUAAACUGAAUAGCAUAUUUUUAUAUUGCCGUCGCCCUUGUCUGUGUGUAUGUAUGUGUCUCUGUGUGUUGCCAACAGGCAACGAUUCUUAAUGGAUCGUCUUGGAACUUGGAAUAUGUAUUCCUUAUAUAGCUUAAGGAUGACAACUGCAUGUCCCAACUUACUUUAUUGCAGUGUUUUGAAUUUUAUCAGUCAAAUAGCUGGCUUCUUUAGUGAGAAAUUUACUUAGUGUGCCAUUCAAAAUUUUGCAGCACACUUUGAGAGUCACUGCACGACAGGUUACAAUAAUUAACAGAUUUUGUUCAAAUUCAGCGUAUCAAUCAUUUCAAUAACAGGGUGGUACCUAUUUAUAUUGUUCCAUAUCCAACCCGGAGGGGCAGGGCCGCGUCCAGUUUUUGUAUUUAUCGUCUACAGGCUGCAAUUCUGAAUGGAUAAUCUUGGAACUUUGCAUAUUUUUUCCAUAUACCGUAAAGACAGCAGGUAUUUAUUUUGGUGCAUGCCCCGAUCUCGUGGAGCGAUGUCACACCCACUUUUUUGUUAAUAUUUUGUCUGUAAAUUUGGCAAAACAAACGCCUAGCCUUUUUUGUCUCUUGUCAUAUUACAGCCAUUUCAUAUUUCAUUCUCUUCAUUUUAAAAAGAACCCUAUCAAUCAAAGCAGAAAUGUGGAUGUAUAUUGCAGCGUUAGCGAUGGUCUUGUUAUAUAACAUAUUAUCCAUGAUAGAUAAAAGGGUAAACCAGGACGGAAGCGACUUAACUGUUUAUGAGCAGUUCCCCCUUCUUUCCAAUAGGUAUUUAGCAAGCAAAUAUUAAAAACGCUCAAGUAACCUGCGCUAUUGCUCACUUGACCAUAAAUGUUGUGAUUUAUUUGUUGUUUUAGUUUGUUAUUAUGGGGCAAUUGACAUUCACCUUCUAUAUUAUUAUCUUAUUAUCACACUAAUCUGAUCUUCUACAAGAAACCUCAUGGCACAAAUUAGUUAAAGAUUUAGAUAUGUGCCCUAGAUAUGUUUCAAAAUACAUGAGAUCUGGGCCCUUAUUCACGAAAACUUAAACUAAGAUACAAUCAAAAUUUUAAGAAAUACUGCAAUUCGAUUGGCUGUCCAAUAUGCAAAUUGGAUAUAUGCAAAUUGAUUUUACUGGUCAGCCAAUCGAAUUGCAGUAUUUCUUAAAAUUUCGAUUGUAUCUUAGUUUAAGUUUUCGUGAAUAAGGGCCCAGAUUCCUUGGGACGUCAUUAUUUGAUUAGUUUUUGUAAAGUAAUAUAGAAUAUUAUAUUUUUAAAGAAAUAUAUACUUUUAUUUGAUGCCUAUAAAAGUAAAAAUAUAAUGAAGUUGAUAACGGGCAUACACAUAAUAUAUCUUAAAAUUUGGUUGGUAUCAUGAAAAUUAACGUAUUUGUAUUUAUAUGGCUGUUGCAUCUGUUGCAACCUCCACAAUUAUACAAACAUUUGUAUAAAAAUUUUAGCAAUGGUUAUUAAUAAUAAGCUUACAAUAAAUAAAAUAACAUAGGAUGUCAGACUAUGAGUAUUUAGCUCUAAAAAUAUAUUUAAAGGAGCUAAAUCUCUAUUUUUAGUGCCUAGAAAUGGACACAAAUGGGUCGCAACGUAUAUAAUAAAGUAAUAUGAAUGUUUAUAAACUGAUUUACAUUCAGUCGUUUCCGUUUUUACUCUAAUUUCUAAUCAGUUAUGUUUGGCGAAAUACGCGAAGAGUACAAAUUGAAUGGCAGUCUUUGGCAUCUGAUUAUUCCAGUUUACACCAGUAGUAUUCUACUUUGUGGGGUAUGUUUAGCCUCGUUCAUCGAGUCGCCUCAUUACAAAUGGUGCUCGAAAGCAUUCUGGCGCACAAUUCGUGUGCCAAUUUUAAAAACUUUGUUUCGUUUUAAAUAUUGUAUAUCAGAAGCCCAUCUUUUCAUGGUAACAUAACAACUUCAAUGUUGAUUUAAAUUGACCAAUGAAUAAGUCUUGUUUGAAAUGUCAAAGACUGUGAAUGAUAUAUUGAGUUAAAGACUUGCCUCCUUUAAAUUGAAAGAACUAACAUAAAAUAAUAUAUUUAAAUUGAAAGAACUAACAUAAAAUGCUUGUAAAUCAUCUAUAAAACUAAACUUUAAAAUUAUUUUUGAAGUACAUUUACAAUAUUUUUAUUCUAUUUAGAAAUUUUCAAAAACAUUUGAGAAAUGAAAUCCCAUGGUAUACAUGUAUCUUUAGCCAUAAACCAUUCCAGAAUUAAUGUUUUAAUUGAUGUUAUUUUAAAUCUUUUAUUAGGUUUAUGUUGUAACUGGUUUUGUUAUGUUAGUACCAUUUUUUUUUAUGAAUAUCUAUAUAUAUUUUUGUUACUAAAAAGGACCAAUACUGAAAAGUACAGGUAAUUAAACUGUGAGCCCAUAUUGGGUUGAGCACCAUGUAGUUAUGCAUAAGAAGCAUCUAUUGAAAGUUGUAAUUUAUUCCUAUAUAAGUUUUAAAAAAUGGUUAUGAUUUAUCAACUCAAAAAAAAUUGUUGUCUUUGUAAUAGCUACAUUUAAUCAAAAUAUGCUUAAUUAAAUUGAUUGUUUUCAACUUAAAAUGCUGAUACACACAUAAGUAUUACUAUAAUUUUUAUUGUUAAUAAUUAACAAAUAAAAUUUGUUUUUGUUAUAUUUAUACUUGUAAUAUUUAUAAACUUACCACUAGAGCUAGUACCAUGUUACAUUUAUUUACAAUAUUACGCACUUUUUUCAAAUUAUUUAAAUACUGUUUAGUAAUUAUGAUUAUUGGAAAAUCCAUAAAUUAUAAAUAUUUUUUCAAUUAAUCUGGUUUAUAGCAAAUUAUACUUGUAAAUAUUCACAUGUACAUGUUUUAAAAAAAAACGAAGUGCUUUUGUGAAAAUUUCGUACAUAUUUUUGUAGAGAUAAUAAGAUGUUUUUAGAACAAUAAUGUGAGAUAACGUGUGGCUAGUGUAAAAUGAAUGUUUCACUUUUGAUAUGUGAUAAUAUAUUUAUAUAGAAUAGUCUAGAAAUGACAGUAAAAAGGGAACACCUAA